AUGCGAUCAGCUACAUUGUUGAUAGCAUCGAAUGAUGUUGACAUGCUUAUACAUGACUCAUUUAAAGACGUAAACAGUGCAAAUUCGAAUAUUGUUUUAGAGGGAAAUUUUCGUCAAAUAAUGAGUGGUAUUUCAGAAGGAUAUACUAAUGCUGAAUCGUGGCAAUCGAGACGAGGGAUUCUCUCAAUCGUUGCACCGAAAAUAUCGUUAAAUCUCAUGCAGCUGUUCAUAUCAGGUUUAACUGGUUACAGAUUUUCUGCAGCGCGUUUUCACGCUGCAAAAUAUGGCGUCAAUUCAAAAGUAGACAUAAUACCAAAGGUUGUACAACGGUUUGAUGAUUAUCAAAUCGCUUACUUUGUUGAUUUUAUUGUUUCACCUCACGUGUGUACAGAUUUACCUUUUGGUGAAAAAGUCUUAAAGUUAUCAUCUGAAAUUGAAUUAUUCAUUCCAAAUACGAUAAGAAAUAUGGGAACAACUCGUAUUAUCGAUCAGUAUCUUCUUUAUUGCAAAGAGAUGUGUUCAGAUUUUGAACCACUUGGUAAGAGUAGUUUAUUUACUUUUAUUGAUACUUGUAAAGCGUCAACAAGAAAGUCUUUACAGGAUGUCAACUAG